UGCUUACAUGCUUUACUGACUGACGGAUCGAAAUGUUCAAUAUCAAUUUGUACAGCAGCUUAACGUGAUAUCCCUAAUCAGAUAUCCAACUCUUGUAAUCCAAACAGUUGUAACUUGUAAUACAUAGUCUGUAUAUCGAAUUUUUUUUUAUAAUUUUUUUUUCUGAGUUUAGUACUUCGAAUUUGUAAUAAAUGAUAAUAAUAAAAACAUUAGACGAUUGUUUUCAGUUGUCAUUUUUUGUAUUUAUAUUUUAUUGUACGUGACCUAUACUAUACAUUUCCCGUGAAAUGGACAGCCGGCAUUCCGUUCAUUGAAAUAUUCAUUAAAAUGUUUAUUUCGAUUUUUGACAAAAUUACAACAUUGUACUUAAAUGAAACGAGUGAAAAAAAGCCUGCAGACAGAGAGUAUACCGUUGUUAUUAAGCCAAGCGGAGAGACAGUUCGAUGGAGAUGACUCCGAUUGCUUUUUGUCCAGUGAUGACAUGACGCCAUUUAAGAAGCACAACGUCUACUACAAAAGCAGAUGGGCUAGGGUCUCUUCACUCCUUUUUUGUGGAUUGUGACACAUUCUCCUGCCUGUUUAUAUUUUUACAGUCAUGACAGAAGAGAAAAAAAGUAAAUUAAGAUUUUGACAAUGGAUUUGGCAAAAAUGUUUCCGCAAGAAGGAACUUACUUCACGAACUAUUGUCAUUGGAAAACAAAGCACCGAAAAGUAUUCCCCAAAUGUCAUACGCAAUCAGAAGUACACCAUAAUCACAUUCCUCCCAAAGGUGCUCUAUCAACAAUUCAAAUUCUUUUUGAAUCUUUAUUUUCUUCUGAUGGCUAUGAGUCAAUUUGUACCUGAACUACGAUUAGGAUACCUCUACACAUAUUGGGGACCAUUGAUAUUUGUAUUGGCAGUCACAUUAUUUCGUGAGGGUGUUGAUGAUAUUCGAAGGUGGCAACGAGAUGAAGAAGUAAAUUCACAAAAAUACAAACGUCUAAUACGUGGUAAAGAUCACAAUAUUGGUACAGAGUAUGUAUCAUCAUCAAAACUAAAAGUUGGAGACCUAGUGCUGGUAGAAAAAGAUCAAAGAGUCCCAGCUGAUAUGGUGUUAUUAAGAACUACUGAAAAAUCUGGUGCUUGUUUUGUACGGACUGAUCAAAUGGAUGGUGAAACUGAUUGGAAACUACGUCUAGCUAUUGGAGACACUCAAAAAUUAGAUUGUGAUGCACGUUUGUUUGAUAUUACAGCAACUAUUUUUGCUGAAAAACCUCAAAGAGAUAUUCACAGUUUCAUAGGGACAUUUAGAAGACAAGACAACGGAGAAGAAGUGAGUCUUGAUGUAGAAAAUACAUUAUGGGCUAACUGUGUUGUUGCUAAUGGUUCAGCACUUGGUGCGGUUGUUUACACUGGAGCUGAAACCAGAUCUGUAAUGAAUAAUUCUCAGCCUCGAAGUAAAGUUGGACUCUUGGAUAUAGAAAUUAAUCAGUUAACCAAGCUACUUUUUUGUGCUGUGGUUGGUCUGGCCUUCGUAAUGAUGUGCUUAAAAGGUUUCAGUGGUCCAUGGUAUCGUUACAUGUUCAGAUUUGUAUUACUUUUCUCCUACAUUAUACCGAUCAGUUUGAGAGUAAAUUUAGACAUGGGUAAAGCAUUCUAUUCAUGGUCUAUGCAAAGAGAUGAAGAGAUGCCAGAUACAGUAGUUAGGUGUACAACAAUUCCAGAAGAACUGGGACGAAUAUCAUAUUUAUUUUCAGAUAAAACUGGGACACUUACUCAAAAUUCAAUGGUAUUUAAAAGACUUCAUUUAGGAACUGUUUCUUAUGGUGCUGAGUCUUUUGACCAGGUUGCUGAACAACUAAAAAUGACUUUCUGUGGAACAGUUGAGCCUACACAUAAUCGUAAUUUGUCUCAAGGGUCAACAUCAUUUAAGAUACGACGCUCUGAGCAAACUCGUCUUCAUGAUGCUGUUAAAGCUAUUGCACUGUGUCAUAAUGUGACUCCUGUUAUUGAAAAUAAUAUGCAGGGCAAUAUUACUGAUAGUCCGGUCGAACUAAGAUCUGAAGCUGAUCAACACUAUAUUAAAGAAAGUCUUCUUUCUCGUUCACAGUGUACUUAUCAAGCUUCUAGUCCUGACGAGAUUGCAUUAGUAAAGUGGACUGAAGAUGUAGGCUUAGCUGUAAUAAAGAGAGAUUUGACAUCACUUCAAUUACGUACAUCUGCUGGAGAUAUACUUAAUUAUACAAUAUUACAAAUGUUUCCGUUCACAUCAGAAACUAAACGCAUGGGAAUAAUUGUUAAAGAUGUAGCUUCUGGAGAUAUUACAUUCUAUUUAAAAGGGGCGGAUGUAGUUAUGUCAUCUAUUGUUCAAUACACAGACUGGUUAGAAGAAGAAUGUGGAAAUAUGGCACGAGAAGGCUUGCGUACAUUGGUAGUGGCUCGAAAAAAUUUAACUGAAGAACAGUACUUGGAAUUUGAAUCUCGUUUGAAUUCAGCAAGGUUAGCUGUGACAGGACGUGCUCAGCGAGUAGCAACUGUAGUGGACACUCUAGAACGUGAAAUGGAGUUAUUGUGUGUAACAGGGGUUGAAGAUAAACUUCAAGUAAAUGUUCGUAGAACCUUAGAGCUAUUGGGCAAUGCUGGAAUUAAAAUAUGGAUGUUAACUGGAGAUAAGCAAGAAACUGCCACUUGUAUUGCUAAAAGUUCUCGUCUUGUUUCAAGAACUCAGGAAUUAUUUAUUUUUAAUCCUGUACAUACAAGAACUGAAGCACAUCAGCAAUUAAAUGCUUUUAGAAAAAAACAAGAUUGCGCCCUUGUUAUUACUGGUGAUUCGUUAGAAAUAUGUCUACAAUAUUACCAAACAGAAUUAUUGGAUGUUGCCUGCCGUAGUCCAGCUGUAAUUUGUUGUCGAUGUUCUCCUACCCAAAAAGCACAAAUUGUCACUCUAAUUAAAGCGCAUACUGGAAAAAGAACUGCUGCUGUUGGUGAUGGAGGAAAUGAUGUUUCAAUGAUUCAGGCAGCUGACACGGGCAUUGGUAUUGCUGGUGUAGAAGGUCGACAAGCAUCUUUAGCUGCAGACUUUUCAGUACCACAAUUUUCACACCUUUCUAGACUACUCAUGGUACAUGGUCGAUACAGUUAUAAACGAUCUGCCUCACUUAGCCAAUUUGUCAUCCAUAGAGGUCUUAUCAUAUCUACUAUGCAAGCAAUAUUUUCAGCUGUAUUUUACUUCUCAUCAGUAACACUGUAUCAAGGGUUCCUUAUGAUUGGAUAUGCAACACUAUACACCAUGUUCCCAGUAUUUUCCUUGGUACUUGAUAAAGAUGUAUUGUCUAAAAUUGCAUUAACUUACCCUGAACUCUAUAAAGAACUGAGCAAAGGGCGGUCGUUAUCUUAUAAAACAUUUUUCAUUUGGGUUUUAAUAAGCAUUUAUCAAGGUGGUGUAAUAAUGUAUGGAGCAUUGUUUCUAUUUGAAGAUGAAUUCAUUCACAUUGUUGCUAUUAGUUUCACAGCUUUAAUUCUCACAGAACUAAUCAUGGUUGCAUUGACAGUGCGCACAUGGCAUUAUUUAAUGUUAUUGGCUGAACUUUUUAGUUUAGCUGUUUAUAUUUUAUCAUUAAUCUUACUCAAAGAUUAUUUUGAUUCUCAUUUCAUACAAACCGAAUCAUUCCUAUGGAAAGUCACUGUGAUUACGCUGGUCAGCUGUUUACCAUUAUACAUUCUAAAGUUCUUAAGGAAAAAGUUUUCACCACCCAGUUAUUCUAAAUUAUCGUGAGCUUUAAUUGCUUUGUAAGAUGAAUGUAGUCAAGAUACAAUUAUAAUUGAGGAAAUUAAACAAAAUUGAUAUACUUACAUGGAUCUGUAGUGUCAAAAUCAGCUUCGGGAUUAUUUUUCUAAUAACUCCUCUAUUAUGAAGACAAGUUAUAAUCUGUUUCUCAAAAUCAAUUUUAAUGAAAAAAGCACAAUUAAUACCGAAUAGAGUAAAUACAACACUUAAAAUUUAUAUUUUAAUCAUAAAUAUUUUUUUAUUGCAAAAUUAUAGUACUAUCGUCUUCAAAAAUAAUCUACUAAUUGUAAUGUUAUUUUUCUGGUUUAAGUUAAAACUAUUUAAAAUUAUUAUCUUUUCUGUUAUUUUUCGUUUUGUUUUAUGGAAUGUUAAUGAUUAUCUAUGACCGUGAUUCAUAAGUAAAUCAAUGAAGGAUUCAGCUAUUUAAUCUGUAAACAUCCUUUAUUAAUUUAUAUUUAUUAUAUAUUCACCCUUGCAAAUACCACAUUUUAAAUGAUUUAAAAACAACAAUUUUAAAUAUUAAUUUGCUCGUUUGAAUUAUAAUACAUUUGAUGCAGGGUCUGUGUACUGCAGUUUAUAUUAAUGAUCUUAAGUUAUGAUAAGAUUAAAUGUAUGUCACCUUUUAAUAUUAUGUUAAUUUUUUUGCAAUUUGACUAAAUCUUGACAUAAUUUUAAAGAUUUGUAGGAUUGCCAUUCAUCCUAUUUAACCUGGUAUAUUGUUUGUUUUUAAUAAAACUAAAAUAUUUUUAAUAGAUAAUAUUCAGUUGAUCACAUAAAUGCUAUUUUUUGGGGGAGGGGGGGGGCAAUUCUUUUUAUAUUCAUACUAUCUAAUAGGAAGUGAAUUUUUUUACAACUGCUGUUCGUUAUCAGAGAAUGGUUAUUUAAUUGUACCUGUUUUAAUCUGGUGUUAAUAUUUUGUUUUUACCUUGUUAGAGUAAUAAUGUGUUUACAAUUUAAAUUCCAUUCAUUGGGAAAAUGCUUUCAGUGGGAUAAGGAGAGGUUUUUAUGAUGUUACAAUAAUUAUAAUAAUUUUGAAUAACAAAAAUUUGGAAACCCUGUUUACUUUUGAGCCUUGAGUAAUAAAUACUAUUAACGGCA